UCUCUCUCUCUCUCUCUCUGAUAUUUUCUUUCCCCCCUCUUGAAACUUACCCAACAAGUCCCCCCUGCGAGACUUUCAUGUCUCCUUCGUCCGCUCUUUCCUCCCCUUCUGCCUUUUAAUUUCUUCCCCUUCUCUCUCUCUCUAGGCCUAAUCACGCGCACAAUCUCGCUGUUCUUGAAUCGAAUUCCUGUUCGGGCUUAGGUUUUUGAUCAACCCGAAAAUCAUGGUGAAAGCCACCGAGAAUGGCGCUUUGGUUGCGCCCUUCCUGUUGAAAUGCUACGAGAUGGUCGACGAUCAGUCGACGGACGCUUCGAUUUCGUGGAGUUCGACCGGCGACAGCUUCGUCAUAUUAGACGUCACGGGCUUCGAGACCGAAUUGCUGCCCAAGUACUUCAAGCACAACAAUUUCUCCAGCUUCGUUAGGCAACUCAAUAUCUAUGGUUUCAGAAAAAUAGACACUGAUCAUUGGGAAUUCUCAAACGACCAAUUUAUUAAAGGGCAAAAGCAUCUGUUGAAGAAUAUCUGUAGAAGAAAACAGCCUCAGGUUGUGGUUCAGCGAAAAUCUUCUCGGCAAAAGGACAAGGUUGUUGAAGCAUUUGAAGAAGACGCUAAUUCGAAGUUAUGGGAAGAUGUGGAGAGUCUCAAAACUGACAAGAAUGCCCUCACACAGGAGCUGGUUAAGCUCCGGCAGCACCAGCAGACCUCACAGACUAAUUUGGUAGUUCUCAAAGAACAACUCAAAGGUAUGGAAAAAAAUCAACAACAGUUGCUUUCCUUCAUAGUAAUGGCUAUGCAAAGUCCUGGGUUUUUGGUUCAGUUACUCCAGCCAAAAGAAAAUAACUGGCGAAUGGCAGAAACAGGCAAGACUGUACUCAAACGAGUUAUAGAUGAUAUGGAACCAGUUCCCUCUGAUGGAAUGAUUGUGAGGUAUCAGCCGCCAAUGGCUCAAUCUCCUGAUCCUUUAAGCCUGCCAACAUUAGAUUCUGAAAAUUUGGAACUAGGCCUUUCUUCUGAUGAAGUUAGGGAUCUGCUUAUGAACAUUGAUUACACGCCAGGACCAAUGGAUGAAAAAUUACUUUCUCCGGAAAGUAAUUGGCCGAUGGUUAUUCCGGAGCUACCAGAUCAUAUUAUGGACGGAGAAAGUAAUUGGCCGAUGGUUAUUCCGGAGCUACCAGAUCAUAUUAUGGACCAGAUGCUUCUGUCUAGUACAUUAUCAGAAAACAAGGAAGAUGGUGAUUGCGACACCGAGGAACUUCCAAACUAUGGAAUGGAAAUUGAAUCCACAUCACCUGGAAGACAGCAAUUAUCAGGUGAGUUUGAACAUAAAGCAAAAACAGUGGAGGAUCCUCAGAAUUUGAAGAUGGAUAGAGCGGCGUUUGGAAAUCAGCUGGAUGAAAAUCAAGAUAUGGAAAUUCUAACUGAAAUGAUUGGGCUUCUAGCUUCUGAAUGCAACCUCAAGCAUCAGAGCAACUUUUAGCCUUGAUGGGGAAGAAUACUACUAAAUGUACUGAAGGUUUGAAACCUCUGUUCCUGUUACCCCUUUCUCAGAAUACAGUAAGUUCACUUCUCUAAACUGGAGGGUAUGCGAACUAGAAAGAAAUGAAGGGAGAGUAUACUUAUAGUUCUAUUUAUGGAGCGAAACAAUGUUUUAUGUAAUUUAGAGUGUCGAAGGCCUUUAGCUCUUUUGAUAGCAAUUUCAUAACGAUACAUACAGUGGUAGACUGGUAGUGUCAAGUUACAAUCACAUAAUAAGUAUCCAAUGGGACUUUUCAGAUACAUAUUCCA